AUGCUUUUUAACCUCAAAACCUGUCACAAAAUCAUCCAUACUAAUCCAUUUCUAUUCUCAUUAUUUCUCAUUACAGGCCUGCAGUCGCUUUGGACUACGGCAAUUUGUAGUUCUAAUCUGCAGCAAAAAUAUCCGAUAACACAGCCGACUACGUCUAUAUCAUCUGAUCAAUUAUUGCAGCAGUCUCCAAUUAGUGAUAAAGACGUUCAUUGGGAUGAUUUCAAACCAACUAAAGAUAUCCACGAUUCCGCUAACGUUCCGUUAAUUAAAGAUUAUAUCGAUAAAAUUACUGACAAUUUCUAUUCCAAAUCAAUUCACCAUUCUAAUCAUCUCAUUGCUAAUCUCGGAAAUUAUGACGCUGAUUCUUUACCUUUCGUAGCGAAGCAUAGACUUCCAAAACCAGUUAUGUAG